AUGGCGGAGCGACUUGAAAGACUACACAGAAAACGGAGAGCUGUGCGCGGUUCCACGACGAGACUUUUGCAAGACAUAGAAACGGAGGUUAGCAAGGAAGAUCCAGUCGUUGACAGAUUAUGUGAACUGUUAGCCAUGUUAUCUGCAAAAGAGGAAACGCUGCUGGAGUUAGAUCACGAAAUAGAGGAGCAUACAGAUGUGGAGGAUCUUGAAAAUGAAGUUGUCGACGCUGAGGAGUAUGGCCAGCGAGUCAUCAGCGCGAAAGCCCGCGUGCGGCGCGUGAUGCAGAGAGUUCGGGAAAACACUGAUAGCAGGCCGCGUGAUGCAGUACCAGCGCAGCGCGGACAAACAGUUAAGUUACCCAAGUUAAUCAUCAACAAGUUCAGCGGUGACAUUAGCUUGUGGCAGGACUUUUGGAAUCAGUUUGAAACGGCCAUUCACAGAAAUGACGCGCUAAGUAAAACAGAGAAGUUUAAUUACUUGAAGACAUAUGUAGCCGGCGCUGCUUCAAAGGCUAUAGCGGGACUGAUGUUGACAGACAGCAAUUACGAUCACGCGAUCGAUCUGCUUCAGAACCGGUUCGGAAGAAAAGAUCUGCUCAUUAAUGCGCACAUGACCAAGUUGUUGAAUCUCUGCCCAGUGAAGAAAUCCUACGACGUGAGUGCUUUGAGACAACUUUACGAUGAAUGUGAAGUACAGAUUCGUAGCUUAGAAUCGCUGGGUGUUGCAUCAGAAGCAUAUGGCAGCUUGUUAUGCCCUGUUCUGCUACAAAUGAUUCCGGAAGACAUUGCACUUCAGUACAGUCGACAAAGAGGAUCCAGUGAUGAAUGGAAGGUCUCAGAAGUUAUGGAAUUUCUGCAGAACGAGAUUUUGAGCAGAGAAAGAACAAUGCAACUGAUUAAGUCAGGUAAUUCCAAAGACAGCCAGCGCUAUCACAAACCAUUUAAAAGACCAGAGACAUUAAUUGAAAUGAAGCAGAAAAAACAUAACAUCCCAUCAGCUGCAGUGCUGCAAACCUCUAGUCAAAAAAUACCAAACUGUCUUUUCUGUGAUAGCGCAGCGCACAAAACAGAACUGUGUACAGUAACUGAAAUUGCUGCACGAAAAGCAAAAUUGAUGAAACUGGGACGAUGCUUUGUUUGUCUUGGACAGAAGCAUAUAGCAAGAUUCUGCAAAGCCAAAGUGUCCUGUACUGUGUGUGGUGGCAGGCAUCAUAGCACUGUGUGUGAGAAAGGAGAAACAACCACUUCAGACAUCGAUGAUAAAGAUGAUGUAGUUUCUUCAUUUGCUUCCCAUUCUGUUAAAAUGCAGUCCGAUAAGCAGAACACGGUGCUCCUUCAGACUGUAAGAGCGUGGGCAGAAGGACCUGGUGGACGUAAAAGCAUUCGCUGCUUACUGGACGGUGGCAGCCAGAGAAGUUUCAUCAGCGAGAACACAGUGAGAGCUUUAAAAUUACCUGUGAUGAAGCAAGAAACGUUCACUCUUCAUACCUUCGGAUCCACAGCACCAGCAACAUCCAGGCGCAACACAGUGAAGGUAACUCUGCAAAGCAUCUGGAACAAAGAUCAGAAAGUGGAAGUGGAAGCUCUCGAAACUCCACAAGUGUGCACUGCUGUGAUGAAGAUUCCAGGUGAGCACAUCCAAGCAGAAAUGAAACGAAAAGGCUUGCAGCUGGCAGACUAUCAAGACCCAGGCACUUGUGAUACAGAGUUGUCUCUCCUGAUUGGUGCAGAUUAUUAUUGGCAUGUGGUGUCAGGCCAAGUGGAAAGAAUCACAGAUGCACUGGUGGCCGUUGAGAGUAUUUUUGGAUGGUCAGUGCAGGGACCAGUCACAAUGUCCAGUGUUUCCGACGCAGCAUGCAUGCACAUCCAUAUCGAUGAAGACACACUGGUUUCAGAACGCUUGAAGGCCUUCUGGGAGACCGAAUCCCUUGGCAUUACCAUGCAGCAGUCCAACAGCCCUGAAGAAGAGGAUGCUCUUCGCAUGUUUGAAAAAACUACUCAGUAUAAGAACGGGCGAUAUGAAGUUGAGCUGCCAUGGCGACCUGACAAACCAGAGCUCCCAGAUAACUACAGAAUCGCAAAGAAAAGAUUUGAAGGACUGAAAAGGAGGUUGCGGUCAGAUGUGGUAAUGUAUCACAGAUAUAAUGAAGUGGUGAAUGAUUACCUUCAGCAGGGCAUUGUCGAAGAUGUUGUGGAGAAUGGAUCAUCUUCAAACGCUGUAAAGUAUUACAUGCCUCAUCAUGCUGUUCUUCGAGAGGACAAGGUAACCACAAAGCUCAGAGUAGUAUUUGAUGCUUCAUCACAUGAAGUUGGGGUUCCAUCAUUAAAUGACUGUCUACUUACUGGUCCUAACCUGAAUCCAGAUCUGCUUGGCAUACUGAUCAAAUUCAGACUGAAUGAGAUUGCUUUUACUGCAGACAUUGAAAAGGCUUUCUUGCAGAUUUCUCUUGCUGAGACGGAUAGAGAUGCAGUGAGAUUCCUAUGGUUCACUGCACUGCCUCAUGAAGACGCAGGUGAAAGGCUACGUGUACUGCGGAUGACAAGAGUGGUGUUUGGAGUGUCCCCGAGCCCAUUCCUCCUAGCGGCUACAGUAAGAAGGCAUCUGAAGGAAUAUGAACACCAAUUUCCUGAAGUAGUAAGGAUCAUCAGAGAAUCACUUUAUGUUGACGACUUAAUCUCGAGUGCAAGUGAUGUUGAGAAUGCUUUCCACAUAACUACUGGUGCAAAAGAGAUUAUGUCUGCAGCUGGAAUGAAUCUUUGCAAAUGGACAACCAACUGUGCUGCAUUGAAGGAAAAAUGGAAGGAGACAAUGAGUGAACCUGCUGAGGAGACAGAAACGCAUGGAUCAGUGCUGAAGGUACUAGGCUUGGUAUGGAGAACUCAAACAGAUGAAUUUGUUUUUGACCUGACUGCACUGUUGGACGCUGUAGCGAAGAGAGAGAAUACUAAAAGAAGUGUUCUAAAGCUAUCUGCUCGCAUAUUCGACCCAAUAGGGUUUCUGACUCCAUUUACUGUGCGAGUAAAAUGUCUUUUCCAAGAGCUGUGGAUACGAGGACUUGGCUGGGAUGAGGAGCUGCCCUCGGAUCUUGCACAAGAAUGGCAAGGAUGGUGUGCAGAGCUACCACAGAUCCAUCACAUACACAUUCCUCGUUGGUAUGGAUCAAAAUGCAUGCAUAGACACAACGCACAUCAACUCCAUGUGUUCUGUGACGCAAGCGAGAAAGCUUAUAGCACUGUUGCUUACCUGCUUCGAGUAGCUGAUGAUGGAACAAAAACAACAUGCCUCGUUGCUUCAAAGUCCAGGGUAGCCCCAUUGAAGAAGAUCUCACUGCCCCGUCUUGAGCUGAUGGGAGCAGUAAUUGGAGCGAGACUCGGAAACAGUCUGUUAAAGCCUCUGAAUAUGGAGCUUCAUCAAGUUCAUAUGUGGACGGAUUCGAUGAUUGUGCUGCAGUGGAUUCGCAGUCCAGCUCACAAAUGGAAACAGUUUGUGGCAAACAGAGUGUCAGAAAUUCAGCUUUUAACCAAUCCUGAAAUGUGGUCUCACUGUAGGAGCAAGUUCAAUCCUGCAGACCUUCCCACCAGAGGUCUGACUGUAGCUAACCUGAAGGAAAGUGAGAUUUGGUGGAACGGACCUUCAUUUCUGACUACACUGAAUCCGUUGGAAGAAAGUGAAGAAGAGACAAGUGACGAAAUUGUGGUUAGUGAGUUAACACAAGAUCAGCAGAUGGUGCAACUCAGCAGCGGUGAAAAACGAGAAAAGGAACCUGUUGUGGACUUAAUGAAGUACAGUAAGCUAAAGCGAGUUCUGCGAGUUACUGCUUGGAUUAAGCGGUUUGUGCAUAAUGCCAGUUCAAGCUCCAAGAUGCGUGGUGAGUUGACUGCAGAUGAAAUGUUUGAAGCUGAAAAGUAUUGGAUAAAGUUGACACAAGAAAGAAGCUUCAGUCCUGAAAUCAGUUCGCUGAAAGCUGGAAAGACAUUGAACGCAGACUCAAAAAUCAGAGAUUUAAGACCUUUUCUGGACGAGGACGAAUUGCUCUGUGUUGGAGGCAGACUCCAACAGUCAGACUUCAGCUACAGAGAGAAACAUCCAUGGAUUUUGCCCAACAAAGACAGAUAUUGUGAGUUGCUGGUCCAGUACAACCAUGAAUUCAUCAUGCAUUCUGGUUUGAGAGACACACUAGUGCAAACAAGAAGUAGAUACUGGAUUUUGAGAGCCAGACAAAUCGUUAAAGGUGUUUUGUCAAAAUGUACUGUGUGUAAGAGAUUCAAAGUCAAGCCCGCACAGCAGGACACGGCUCCAUUGCCAAGGGACAGAGUAUCUGAGAAACCACCAUUUGAAGUGACUGGCAUAGACUUUGCAGGACCGCUGUAUGUGAAGGGUGAUCGUGCAUUAUGCAAGGCUUAUGUUGCUCUGUUUACAUGUGCUGUCACGAGAGCGGUGCAUUUAGAACUGGUUUCAAGUCAGUCGACAGAGAGUUUCUUGUUAGCACUCAAGCGAUUUAUUUCCAGAAGAGGGUUGUGUAAAGUCAUCUAUUCGGACAACGCCAAAACCUUUAAAAGAGCAAACCAAGACCUUAGUGAGCUGUGGAAAGCCAUCAAAGAUCCACAAAUCCUGGAAUACUUCUCAGGAAAAGGAAUAACUUGGCGUUUCAUUGUAGAACGAGCUGCCUGGUGGGGUGGAUUUUGGGAAAGACUUGUAAGGUCUGUGAAAAUGAGCAUGAGGAAGGUGCUAGGAAAGGCAUCGCUCACAUUUGAAGAAAUGUCUACGCUUCUUGCAGAAGUAGAAGCCAUACUGAAUUCCAGACCUCUCACUUUUGUUCACAAUGAGCUUGAUGAGCCGCAGCCACUAACGCCAGCACAUUUCUUAGUUGGUGAACGACUCACUUCACUACCUCCAAAACCAUUUCCAGCCGACUAUGAUCAUCCCACUGUGAGUAAGGGUGAUAUGACAAGAAGGUGGAGAUACAGAAACCGACUCAUGACCAACCUGUGGAAUCGUUGGAGGAGGGAUUAUCUACUGGAUCUGAAAUCUGCACAUUCCUGCAACACGCAGAAACCUACUCAGUUGAAAAUGGGUGACGUUGUGCUCAUAGGAGAUGUCAAUAUGCCGAGACAAACCUGGAAAUUGGGAAAGAUUGAAGAGCUGUUUCCAGGCAGAGAUGGCAAAGUUAGAUCCUGUGCUUUGCGUACAUCCACAGGGACUGUGUUGAAGAGACCCGUUCAAUUGCUUUAUGCAUUAGAGAUUUAAGUUGAUGAACAUUUGUUCAUGGGGGGGAGGAUGUUGUGAAUUAAUCAGAAUAGAAAUGUGAAUUUGUUAUCUUUAAUAAUAACAGAAACAGUUUGACAUUAAUGGGGGUGUUCAGCUUUAAGAGAAUUCUACCAAUAAUGCAUCAGUGUAUGUGAGGAAAAAAAAGAGAAAGAGAUUGUUUUCAUGUGCGAGCGCUGUAUCUAAUGAUUCAAGUUCAGAAACUUCAGUAAACAGUUCAGUUUAUUCAAUUCAAGUCGUCAGUGGUCAUUAUUGCUGGUCAAGGAAGAAAAUACA